CAACAUAUGCGAAAAUCUAAGAUUUAACGGAACAUACGUAAAUGUGUGUCAAUUUAAACUAAUAUAAAUAAAUACAAAAUACAUACGUCAAUUAAGCGGCAAUCUUCCAUCAAUCCAAAAUCCAAGAGUAUAAUACAAUUAUUAUAUAAUACAAUUGGAGUACUAUACAAAUUUUUACGUUUGCUCCGGGAACCUUAUUUUUAUUUAAAUGAGAAAAUUAACAUAUUUUAAAUAAACAUAAGAAAAGUUUUCAAAGUCAGAUUAGUUAAGUAAACUUUAGAUAUCACAAACUUGAUUUUAUUCACCAAUUAACAGAAGAUAAAGGUAAGAACGAAAUAUUGAAAAUAUCGUAUCUUGUGUGUGUAAAUUAUUGUUCUCUGUAGAAUAUGUACGCGUACCAUUUGAAACUACUUGCAAGAAACGACUCAAGUUGUCACUUGAGACUUACUAAAAGAAAUAGCCUUGAUCGCAGAUCAAGAGAUUUAGUGUCCCAGAUUCUUCACAUAACAUCUGUGAUGAUAUGUGCAUAAUACUAUGCAAUCUUUUAGAAGAGAAAGAGAGAGAGAGAUUAUAUCAUAUUAUAUGAUAUUAUUCUAAAUUUAAAAUGAAAUAUGUAUUUUUAGCAACGUGCAAAACACUGAAGGCAUCAAUUAUAUUCUAUUCUAACAUAUCAAACCGUGCAAAAAGUCCUCAGUCACUCUAAUUGAGCACGAAUAGAUCUCAUCAUGUGCCGUUUAAAUGACUCCGUGACAAAAUACUUGAUUACAUGCUAUUCGAAAUAAUGCCAGCACCAGCUGGCAAUCUGGUGAAGCUGCAUUCGAGGCGGCAAGUUGCAUAACGCGCGAAAAUGCCUUUGUUGUCGGCAUUAUUUCGCGGUAAUGCUAGGUCCGCGUAUUGCUGCUACUUGUUCGCGUUUACGCAACGCAACUGCCAAUGGCAUAAUCUUAGUAUCGAUAUCGACCAAGAGCAAGAGUGGAAACACGGACGAUAAGAAUGGAAUAAUAAAAAUUCGCAUUUACUCUAUAUCGAAUAACGAUCGAAAACAAAAAAAAAUAGACACAUUUAUGGGAAAUGCAGGACUGGGUCCUAAGUUAAAAGGAAGAAGAGAAGAAGAAGGAUAACGAUCGGGGAUGUAAUCUUAAUAUGGAUUUCCAAUUUUAGCCGUGAACGCAUUUAGUGUAACAAAAAGACAGAAUCCAAUCGUUACGUCAUUUUGUCGCUCUAAUUGCUUCAGUUUAGACCCAGUUAACUUUAGAUGUUUAAUUUUGUUUUUUACAAUAACAUAUACUAUACAAAUGAUAUUUGGUUUCAUUUUCAUCCGAUGUCUCGAUUCGGUCUCGAUUCGGUCUCGAUUCGAUCGACGAAAUAGCGAAUAAAAUCAUCCGUCGUUAAAUUAUUAAAACUGUCAAUCUGUGUAUAAAUGAGAGAAUCCAUGUGGAAAUUCACACGCCUAUAUCUACAUAUGGAUGGCUGGGCGAUGUAAGUGUUAAAUAAAAUCAAAACGUUAUUGUAACAAGCCCUCUUAAGCAUUUUAGUAGGUGCAGCAUCCGCGUGAUGCAUUUACAACGAGUUAUGGCACGGAAACCGAUAUUUCCCACUUUAAAGAAUCUUGAAAGCUCGUUAAGUAGUCCGUCUUGUAUAAGCAGCUUAAUGGAUGCUAUGUACGAGCGUAGGAGCUUUCUAAUGGAGCUUGAUAGCUUUCUUAACAGCUCGAGAUUCUUAAAAUCGUUAGAUAUGCAUUGGUGCAGUUAAUCUCCAUUUUUCCUGGGUGAAAUUAUGAUACAAUCUCCAAGUUGCGGGUAAAACGAUAAACGCGUUCCCGAGUUUUCAACCGCAUCGUCUACUAUCUGGUCUACGUGCGGCUACAGCGACCGUGUUUCGCAUACAAGUCCUUCACUAGAACGCACGAUUUGAAUUAAUCCGCGGCAUCUGCUUAUUGUUACGGCCGCGAUUGUGUCAUUUCAAUUGCAUGGUCAUUUAUCUAUACAUGAUGAUGAUGAUGCAACAAUAAAAUUGAUUAGCAGUGAGUGUUGGAAGGUAAGUGAUCGCGGAAAAAUACCAAUUGCCAGCCAUUGUUUUCUUUCUCUUCUUUUUUCUCGAUAAAUAAAGCGCAAGCCAAUGUGGCCGUCUCAUCUUCUUCUCAUCUCACACGUGAAUCUCGCUUCAGCAGGAUUUUGAUCCGAGGUGAAGUUGCGAAGAUAUCUCACACGUCAGCUUACAAAGAUAUUUAGCGCGGAAUGUAUUUGGAAACGAAAGUGGAUUACGCAAGCAAUUUUUUUCGCUGAGAACAGAUUAUUAUCGAACUAGUCGAAGAGCGAUGAGUAAGCGGGGCGCAAGAAGUGUGAGAAAUUACGCAAGUUAAAUAAUGCAUAACAAGACAACACGUCUAAAAGUCCGUGCGCGGCUUUUGUGAAAUGAGAACUCGGAGCACAAUCUAACGCAGAACAACUUCCGCGUUAAGAGUGCAUUUGCAUUGCGUGAAGCGGAAUUACGACUGAGCCUAUUAGGAGGAAAUAAAAUGCAAAUACAGCAUGCGUUUAUAUGAUUAUUGACCGAUCGUGACGCGUGCGUGAUGUAUGAAAAAAAAAAAAUGGAAGAGACAAACUGCUGCCUCGAGCAUUUUUGUUUGUUUCAUUCAACUUCGUCGUAGGCUGUGAUUACUUACCACUAACUUGCCAAUUAUUACUAAAUCAAUCAAUUUGAUGUCAGGAUGAAAUAUUACUUUAAUAGUAGACUGUUUCUUCGAGUUAAACUUUCUCAUUUUGGUGUUUUGUCCUUAUUAUUAGUGACACUUGUAUCAUAAAAUAGCGAAGUUUCAGAGGAGGAAAGACAUUGAGUAGUAAUGAAAAUAUAAUAUACCCUUGCGACGUGUACUACAGAAAAGAGGAAGUGAGGGCAUGACGUUAAAUCGACGCGUCCCCAUUUACAAUUUCAGAGCAGAACAGAAUAGACUUGUGCCAAUACAAUCUAAAAAUAUCGCAUAGCGUUGGCACCCGUAAACGUGUCAUCGCAGUCACGGAGUCACUCAAGCAAUUAUACAAGGGCACCACGGUAAUUAAGUGCUUUCAAUGCGCGGUGAGUUGUAAGAUUUUGAAUCACCAUUAGCAUUAUAUUUAACAAUCUUCACGAUGCGUACUUUGCUUCGCGUUCAUGAUAUGAAAAUAAAAAAAUAAAAUAUUCGACAGAUAUGCAUUGAUACAUAUAUAAAAAAAAUGCAAUAUUUAUUGGAUUAGGAUAAACGUGACAUUAAAAUGAAGCCGCUAUCAAAUGUGUCUAAUCAAUUGGGUUAAUUUAUAAGGUUUAUGUAAAUUUCUAACAAUAUUUUAUGCUACUUAUGCCUUGCGGACGCACUCAUUUACAUUGUUUCUACAAUUUAUCUUGAUUUUUUUUAACGUCCGUAAUAUCGCUCGUACACUUUAAACAAACCGUGCACUCUUUCGCCGUAAUACCCGAUUAAUCGCCAGAAAGACUCAGCUGCGUGUUUACUGACGCUCGUAUCCAUGUAAGUGCAGUAGAUAAUGACGUUUGCGUUCUGCUUAGUGCACUCCAUACGCACGCUGGUUAGACGUCAAGCUCCACGUUACUUCUUCCGUAAAAUCAGGUCGGCGCAAUCCGUUUUCCUGUAGUAAUUUGCUUUUUUUGUUGUUCUUACGUAAUCAUUACACUUUGAAUUUUACUUUAUGCACGGCAACUUAUGAGCGGCGAUAAGGAAAACAGUUGGCUUAUCUGACCGUUUGAAUUUGCAUGAACGAGUCAUAGUCCGGACGAGCAUAUCGACAGUUCAGUUGGCGUUCUCUCUCUCUCUCUCUCUCUUUCGCUCUCUUCUAUGAUAUAUAAUAGCAGCGCUUCACAGCGUAAUGACAGUUGAUGCUGGAUGUUAUGCGCGAACGAACGUUAGUUUGAGAACGAGUGAAAAAUACAUAUGUUUGUCGUAUCGAGAAUAGUUGAAAUCAAUUAACUGUGUGCGAUAAGCUGUUUUAAACUCCGAAAUACUUGUAUAUAAUAGUGACAAUUAAGGAAUAUUCAAUUACGUCAAGGAAUUCUUCGACUCUAAGAAGUUCCGCAUAACAUACACGUACAAUGACGAAAACGCAAUCAUCACUCAAAAUGCUUCCUGUACAAAACCUGGAAGCGUUAUUAGCGCAAACAUAUGGUUCCGACUUUAAAAUAUACGACGUGGAGUGGAAGCCGCUAACUGACCCGGGCGAGAACUUCGGCAGCUUGAUAUUGGCCAUCAACAUCAGUGCCGAGCAAAAUAACAAGGAAAGAACCUUACACCUGGUCGUCAAACUACCGCCGAGAUCGGAGUAUCUGUUAGAUCUGUUCGACAGUCCGAUAACUUUCAAGAAGGAAUUGGACUUCUACAGCAUCGUCGCGCCCGAGUUCCUCAAGUUGCAGAACGAGAACGGGAUUCCGCGGGAAGAUCUAAGCAUCAUCGCGCCGCGCUUUUUUGGCGGCAGAUUGGGCUUACGAGAUCCGCAACGUUUCGACGAUCAAGCCGCCAUCGUCCUAGAGAAUCUGAAAUAUCUCAAUUAUACGACGAAGGAUCGCAUCCUGGGCCUGGACAAGGAGCACAUGUACUUCGCGAUCGGCCACCUGGCUAAACUGCACGCCAUGACGAUCUGCCUGAAGCUGAAGAAGCCAGAGUUGUUUCAGAAAGUAAUCAUGCCCACUCUGGAGUACGCGGUGGACGAGUCUGCAAAGGACUGCGUGUUGGACAUGAUAAAGAAGGCGCACGAUGACUUUAAGUGCAUGAAGGAAGCGAAACCCUAUCUGGACAGGAUCGAGAAGACGGUCGAAUACGGACUGCGCACUACCGUGACACCGCAAGAACCCUGGGCGACGCUCGUGCACAGCGACUUCUGGGUGAACAAUAUGCUGUUCAAGUACGACGAAUUUAACAAACCAAUCAACAUGAAAAUAGUAGACUUCCAGUUGACGAUCUACGAUUAUGGCGUAAACGAUCUCAUAUUCUUCCUUAUCUCAAGUGCUUGUAAGGAAGUGCUCGACGAUCAUCUUGAGGACAUGAUCGACCUGUAUUACGACUCCUUCAUCGAAUGCUUGAGAUCACUAAGUGUCGACACGGAUGCGUUUCCGAAGAGCGAAUUUCUUGAACAGCUGAACCAGUGCGCGCCCAUCAAAUUCAACCAAUGCAUCAUGAUGAUACAGGUAAUACAAGCGGCGCGUGGCUCCGUCACGGAAAUCAGUGAAACAACGGACAAAGAUAUUUUCACGGGCAACAUUAAUGACGAUAACUACAAACAGAAGAUGUUGCACGUAUUGUCUAUAUUCGAUCAAAACGGCUGGCUCAUGAAGUGAGCGACGGCAAAAGGUUGCUUGUAACAAAUCGAUCUUUCGCAAGAAACUACAUUUUCCUAAAAAUGGAUAACGCAAACGUUGACAAUAUGAAAAAUGGUGAUAAGUUGCGCACAUGACUACUAUUAUAAAAAUGUACAUAGAUAUAUAUGACAAGUUUUGUAAUGCAAUAUUAGAUAAGAAACUAGUAGAAGGUAAUCUAAUAAUAUUAAUUUUAUCAAGUCAAGACUCUGCUAAGACUAAAUCUUGUAAGAGACAUUAUUAAUGCAAACGGGACAAUUUAUCUGGCAUAACAUUAAAGAUGAAAUUUGUCAUUUUUAUGAAGCAUUUAGCAUGAGAAAAUUGGUAACUUUUAAUGUAUAUAUGGUAUAUAACGCGCAUGAGCAGGUGCGCCUAAUAGUUUAAUAAGUUAAGUUUUUAAAGCGAGGACAUCAUCUACUUUUAUAUUUAUAGUAUUUACAAUUUUUGUAUGAAAUAUAUCUGUCUCUAGAUCAUUGACAAACGUGAAUUUUAUAUUGUAAAAUAUUCACAAAAUAAAAUGUAUAUAGAAAGCAA